AUGAGUUCCUUGUCCCUUCGAAUCGAUGGGUGGUCCUUCCGUGACCCCAAGAACCGAGAGAUCAUCCUGCGGGGGAUCAACGUCGCGGGCGAUGCCAAAAACCCCAAGACCCCAGACAUUCCAACCUACGUUUCCGACAAGUUUUUCGACGCAGACGAUAUCUCGUUUGUUGGACGACCGUUCUCCCUGGAGGAUUCCCACCUGCAUUUUAGGAGACUUCGGAAGCUGGGCUAUAACACAAUCCGCUACAUCUUCACGUGGGAAGCUAUCGAGCAUGCUGGCCCCGGCACAUAUGACGAUAAGUGGAUUGCAUUUACAAUCGAGGUUCUCAGGAUUGCGAAACAAUAUGAGUUCUACAUCUUCAUGGAUCCUCAUCAGGACGUGUGGUCGAGAUUUUCGGGAGGUUCUGGGGCUCCCAUGUGGACGUUAUAUGCAGCAGGACUGAACCCCAGGACAUUUAAGAAGACCGAAGCUGCCCUCGUCCAGAACACCUGUGACAACCCUGCGGAAUUUCCGAAGAUGAUUUGGAGCACUAAUUACACCCGCCUGGUCUGUCAGACCAUGUUUACUCUGUUUUGGGCUGGUCGCGACUUUGCUCCCAAGGCGAUCAUCAAUGGAAUGAACAUUCAAGAUUAUCUGCAGAGCCACUUUAUCGCUGCAUGCAAACACUUUGCGCAAAAGAUUCACGAGGCAGGUGACCUAGAGUCCCAAGUGAUUAUCGGCUGGGAGAGCAUGAACGAACCUCAUCGUGGCCUGGUGGGGUUUCAAGAUAUCUCAGUGAUUCCGCCCGAGCAGCAACUCCAGCUGGGCACAUCCCCCACGGCAUUUCAAGCUAUGCUGACUGGGGCCGGCCGUGCGUGCGAACAGACGACGUGGGGCUUUGGCAGCUUUGGCCCCUACCAGACCGGUAGAGAACUCGUGGACCCAGAGGGAGAGUCGGCAUGGUUACCAGCCGAACAUGAUGAUAGCAAGUAUGGUUGGCAACGAGAUCCCGGUUGGAAGCUGGGUGAGUGUGUGUGGGCACAACAUGGAGUCUGGGACCCGUCCACAGACACGCUACUCCAAAAGGACUACUUCUCAAAAGUCCCCCAGACUGGGGAGAAGCUUGACUAUGAGAAAUUUACCAACAGCUAUUUCCUGGACCACUAUCGUGCAUAUAAAGACGCUAUUCGCAGCGUAUGGCCCGAGGCUAUUAUGUUGUGCCAACCACCUGUCAUGGAAGUCCCUCCUGAUAUAAAGGGAACGCCCGAUGAUGAUCCAAACAUGGUCCAUGCAGUGCAUUUUUACGACGGCCUAACUCUUAUGACGAAGCAUUGGAAUCGACUAUAUAAUGUGGACGUUAUCGGUGUCCUUCGAGGCAAAUAUCUCACCCCGGCCUUCGGAGUCAAGAUUGGCGAGACCGCGAUCCGGAACUGCUUGCGAGACCAGCUCAAAUUCCUUCGCGAUGAGAGUUUGAAUUACAUGGGGAACCACCCACUGUUGUUCACUGAAAACGGCAUCCCGUACGAUAUGGACGAUAAAAAGGCAUAUCAAACCGGGGAUUAUAGCGGCCAGAUCAGCGCUAUGGAUGCGAACCACUUUGCUCUUGAGGGUAGCACCGCCAAUGGGUUUACUCUGUGGGUUUAUGUGACACAGAAUAACCAUGAAUGGGGUGACCAAUGGAACGGAGAGGAUCUGUCAAUUUACUCUCCUGAGGACCUGGAAUUGCCCGGUGCGACCAACAUCCGCUCCAUGAAUCCUCACUCUGCGUCCUAUUCCGAAAGCCAGAGUAGUGGGGAAGAGCAUGAGGUCGGACCCCGUAACCUCAAAGGGGCAUUGGUCUCCCCAUCCAUCAGAGCACACUCCCAAUCACCGCUUCGAGAGAAGCAGGGUUACCGUGCGGCAGAGGCAUUCCUGCGCCCCAGUCCUAUCUACGUCAGCGGGCGGAUGGUCAACCACGUCUUCGAUCUCAAGAAAUGCACGUUCACAAUGUCAUUGAACGCCAAGGUGCCGACGGCACCAGAUGCUCCCACCGAGAUCUUUCUCCCGGACUUCCACUUCCCGGAACCCAACACGGUCGUCGAAGUCAGUGGGGGCAAGUGGGAGAUUGACACCCAGGAAAUCCGGACUGUCAAGAUCCAGCGCCUACGAUGGUGGCAUGCCGAAGGGGAUCAAUCUCUCAAGGUCGAGGGGGUCAGGCGCAAACCGGGCGAGCUCGGACACCCAUCCGAAGAGGAUAUCGGUUAUCUCGAGCAAUGCCAGCGGGGCCAAUGCGUGAUGAUGUGA